CCCAGUCCGAACAAAAUCUAACAAAAUGCGCCCGCAAUCAGCUGCGUGCCUAUUUCUGGCCAUAGUUGGCUUCGUGGGAGCCACCGAGUGGUGGGAGAGUGGAAACUACUACCAGAUCUACCCGCGCUCCUUCCGGGACUCCGAUGGGGACGGCAUCGGCGACCUGAACGGGGUCACCGAGAAGCUGCAGUAUCUGAAGGACAUCGGCUUCACGGCCACCUGGCUGUCGCCCAUCUUCAAGUCCCCGAUGGUGGACUUCGGCUACGACAUCUCGGACUUCUACACGAUCCAGCCGGAGUACGGGACCAUGGAGGACUUCGAGCGCAUGAUCGCCAAGGCCAAGGAGGUGGGCAUUAGGAUCAUCCUGGACUUUGUGCCCAACCACUCGAGCGACCAGAACGAGUGGUUCACCAAGUCGGUGGACAGCGACCCCACCUACAAGGACUUCUACAUCUGGCACGACGGCAAGAUCAACAACGAGACCGGAGAGCGGGAACCGCCGAGCAAUUGGAACUCCGAGUUCCGCUACAGCGCGUGGGAGUGGAACGAGGUGCGCCAGCAGUACUACCUCCACCAGUUCGCCAUUCAGCAGGCCGACCUCAACUACCGCAACCCGGCCGUGGUCGAGGAGAUGAAGAACGUGAUCCGCUUCUGGCUGGGCAAGGGCGUCUCCGGGUUUCGUAUCGACGCCGUGCCCUACCUGUUCGAGGUGGACCUCGAUCGCUACAACCAGUAUCCGGACGAGCCGCUGACCAACGACUCUGUGAGCUGCCCGGAUCCGGACGACCACUGCUACACGCAGCACAUCUACACGCAGGACCAGCCGGAGACCCUGGACAUGGUGUACCAGUGGCGAGAGCUGGUCGACGAGUUCCAUGAGACCCACGGCGGAGACAAGAGGCUGCUGAUGACGGAGGCGUACACCAGCUUCGACAACAUCAUCAGCUACUACGGCAACGGGGUGCGGAACGGCUCCCACAUUCCCUUCAACUUCGACUUCCUCACGAGCAUCAACAACGCCUCGAAGGCCGGGGACUACGUGGACCACAUCAAAAAGUGGAUGGACGCCAUGCCCGCCGGUGUGUACGCCAACUGGGUGCUGGGCAACCACGACAACAAGCGCGUGGCCUCCCGAUUCGGUGUCCAGCGCACCGACCUCAUCAACAUCCUGCUGCAGACGCUGCCCGGUCACGCGGUCACCUACAACGGCGAGGAGCUGGGCAUGACCGACGUCUGGAUCAGCUGGGAGGACACCGUGGACCCCAACGCCUGCAACUCCGACCCGGACAACUACUACGAACGCUCGAGGGACCCGGAGCGCUCGCCCUACCAGUGGGACGCCUCUUCCAAAGCAGGAUUCACCAGUGCCGAUCACACCUGGCUGCCAGUGUCCGACGACUACAAGACCAACAACGCCUUGCAGCAGCUGCGCGCUCCCCGAUCUCACCUGCAGAUCUUCAAGAAACUGGUGCGAGUCCGCAAGGAGCCUUCCUUCCGCCAGGGUGAGCUCAACAUUCAAGCCAUCGACGACGAUGUGAUCAUCUACUCUCGACAAAAGACCGAUAGCGAUCUCUAUGUGAUCGUUCUCAACUUGGGCAGCACCUCAAAGACCCUGGACCUGACCAAGUACUAUUCUUUGGGCACCCAGGCGGAGGUCAUCACCACUUCCCUAAGCUCGCAGUACAUCGAUGGCGAUGUCAUCAAGCCUUCGGAGUUCGUGGCCAAUCCCUAUGUGGGCACCGUUCUUGUGGCAGUCUAAGCUAAUUUUAUUCAAAUAAGAGCCAAUAAAGUAGCGACCUUAUACAAAAUGUAAA